AUGCUUGUGUUCGGAUUGGAAGUUAAAUCCGCGAUCUUCGCGAACAACAGUCAUCUUGGCACGAGGGGUGCAAGUCUAGCCCGUCAGGUUCUGUACGGUCCUCAUCGACUCGCUCUGUUACAAUUGACCAAAAAUCUGGCUGUGUCAUGGUUAGACAAAUUAGAACGUAUGUCCCAAUCGCCUUAUUCUCACGAGCAUCCCUCAUGGUCGGAGGAUAGAGCUGCGCCAGAUGCCAGUGGCUUUGAUAUAUAUCGAGUUAGUACAACUACUCAAAUGGAUCAACACACACAGUGGGCACGUAUGGCGUUGAAGCGUGCCGAAACUAGUUAUAAACAGCUGGCAAUGGAAGCAUGUCUUUAUCAACACCACCUGGCCGACUGGGCAGAUGUCAAUCAACAUAUCCAGAAGUGA